AUGCAUUACGCGCCUAUUCCUAUUCUAUCUCAUCUAGUCGCAGCCCUGCCCUUUCUUUUGGGGCUGCUUUUCUCGGCACUGCAAUGCGCCCGGAAGCGGAACGUGGAAGAAGCUAGCGACGAGCAAGAGGCCCAGAAGCCGACUGGCCAAUCUGAUCGCUCGAAGAGGGCUGCUCCCAUCAAGGGUCGCCAGCCGGGAGAUGUGUCUUCGAAAAGUGCCAAGCAGCAGGACAAAAGUGGUUCUUCCCGUCGGGCUGCAGCUUCGAAGAAAUCGGAUACCGCUUCGGGCAAGAAGAGCGCGCCUGGCGGUGUCGGGAAGCCGUUGGGCGAGCAGAAAGUGGGGAAGUCGCAGCGGACGAAGAAGUCCGAUUCAAGCCGAAGCACGAAGUCUGCAAGUUCCAAGAAGGGCGGCUCCGGCAAGGGCAAGAAGGAGCGGGGCUCCAAUGAAAAUGCGAGCGGACGCAGCGUCAAAAAGGGAGUCAGCCCCCGCGGCAUGCUGUCGCUGUCGAGGAAGAAGAAGGUGGAAAAGACGGAAUUGACGCAACCUCAGUCGCCUGCCACGGAUAACACGCAGAUCGACGAUUUGCCCCCAGCCCCAGCUCCAGCCUCGAAAAUGCUCACCGCCACCAGCCAGCAGAUGCCCAUCUCCCUCCAGCAGCAGGCCUCGAGGUCCGCCUCGCCUCCGAUCAAUCCGGACCGUUCGGACACCCUCAAUCCGAGCGUCAUGCAGGCUCCUUCAAAGAUGGGCAAGAAGCCGGGCGAUUCCAAGAUGGAAAAGCCGAAGAAACGCGGCUUCUUCGGAUUCUUCUCGGGCAAAGACAAGAAAGCCAAGGAGAAAAAAGACGACAGCAAGAAGGGAUCGAAGGAGAAGUCCGAGUCUCGCAAGGACAAGAAAGCCCGCGAGAAGAAGGAGAAGAAAGAAAAGGAGGCCAAGAAGAAACUCGAGGAGAAGGAGCGAAAGGAAAAAGCAAAGAAGGAGAAGAGCGCCAAGGGCACCAAGAGCAAGCGCGACCGAGACGCCGCAAUCCUUCUACACCUACUGAGCACUAAAGGUAUGGACUUCCCCUACACCAACGGCAAAGACAACUCCACCUCCAAAGAUAUUCGGUUCAUG